UCACUUUUCAGAUUCACCCUCCCCUGGUUGCUCCAUUAUUCUGUACCUCAGGCCAUGCACAGAAGUUCCUUUAGUUCAUUUCUUAAUGAUCUGUGUGGCUGUGCAGUUUCACCUCUGAACUGAAGACAACAUUUGAUAUAAAGAACAUCUAAAUGGGAUCAGAAGAUUCAGGCAGUGAAAUCAGACGAAAAGCUAAAUAUGGUGCCAUUGAAUCACCAGAACCAAAUCAUCAUGAGGAGGACAGAGAUCAAACCUACCUGGAUGAAAAGAUUGCCAUUCCAGAUGUUGCGGGAUACGGUUUCAGUUUUAGGAAGCUCUGGGCUUUCACUGGUCCUGGCUUCCUCAUGAGCAUUGCCUACCUGGACCCAGGAAACAUUGAGUCAGACCUACAGUGUGGAGCAAUCGCUGGCUUUCAGCUGCUCUGGGUCCUGCUCUGGGCCACAGUCCUGGGUCUGCUCUGCCAAAGACUGGCCAUCCGGCUUGGAGUAGUUACAGGCAAGGACUUGGGAGAAAUAUGUCAUUACUAUUACCCCAAGGUCCCACGUGUGCUGCUCUGGAUCAUGAUAGAAAUUGCCAUCAUUGGCUCCGACAUGCAGGAAGUGAUUGGGACAGCGAUUGCCUUCAAUCUUCUGUCAGCUGGACAUAUCCCAUUGUGGGGUGGAGUCUUGAUCACAAUUGUGGACACUUUUUUCUUCCUCUUCUUAGACAAAUACGGUCUCAGGAAGCUGGAGGCUUUCUUUGGUCUCCUCAUUACUAUCAUGGCAGUGACAUUUGGCUAUGAGUAUGUGGUAGUACGUCCUGACCAGAAACAGGUGCUGAAGGGGAUGUUUCUCCCCUAUUGUAAGGGCUGUGGAAAUGAGGAACUUCUUCAGGCAGUGGGUAUUGUCGGAGCCAUCAUCAUGCCCCAUAACAUCUAUUUGCACUCCUCCCUCGUCAAGACUCGAGAGGUUGAUCGCACCAACAAGAAAGCAGUGAAAGAGGCCAACAUGUACUUCCUGGUUGAGUCCACCAUUGCACUCUUUGUCUCCUUCCUCAUCAACCUCUUUGUCAUGGCGGUGUUUGGACAAGCCUUUUAUCAUAAAAAGAACAUGGAUGUGUAUGAAGUCUGUGCCAACCAAAGCGCUUUCUCCAACCAAACUGUUUUUCCUUACAACAAUGAGACAGUUUCUGUGGACAUUUACCAAGGGGGAAUCAUCCUGGGGUGCUACUUUGGGCCCAUUGCACUAUACAUUUGGGCUAUUGGAAUCCUUGCAGCAGGCCAGAGUUCAACCAUGACAGGAACAUAUGCAGGGCAGUUUGUUAUGGAGGGCUUCUUGAAGCUCCGCUGGUCCCGCUUUGCCCGGGUGGUCUUCACUCGUUGCUUUGCUAUCCUCCCGACUGUCUUCAUUGCAGCUUUCAAGAAUGUGCAAGCUCUGACAGGCCUUAAUGACAUCCUCAAUGUGCUGCAGAGUAUCCUGCUGCCUUUUGCUGUCAUACCUGUUCUCACCUUCACCAGCAUGCGGCCUCUUAUGGAAGACUUUGUCAAUGGAAUAUCUGGACUUGCCUUAUCUCACACGGAGUUGCUUACCUGGCCCGUGGGCGCCACACUCGUUUUGGCUAUGGACUCCAAUGAUAGCACAUCCACCACUUAUCAGUCAGAGACUGAUGAAUCACGAUCCUCCUCCCCAUUAGGACAAGAAGCAGAUGUCUCCCCAGAUGUGCUGAGAAGCAGAGGUGCAAGGAACAACGUUCUGACCGAAGUAGUUUAGUAGCUGUUGCUCAGUGGCGGAACACAUGCUAAGUGUGCAGAAGGUUCCAAGGCCAAUUUCUAAGUUCCUUCAAAGAACUGUCAGGUUCUGAAGAGCUGGCUGGGGACACUUGCCAUAGAUGGUUCUGGACCUGCAAGCCUAUUUUUCUGAUCCAAUAGGAAGUGGCUGAUUAUCUGUUGCAGCAAACUGUCAGAAAGGAAGAGUGAUGAAGCAGCUGUUCCAAAUGAUCAGAGAUUGGUAGCCACUCCGACAAUCUCUGACUUGGGGCCAUGUAUAAAUGUAUAAAUAUUUGUCAUGUAGUCCCAUUCUUAGGUCUGAGGAAGUGGACUUGUUCUGAGGAAGUUGACUAUUCACCUUUGUGAAUUACAUCAUUACACCAGCAUAAAAAUUCAAUUGGAUCUUGGCCUGUCGACUUGACCCUGAGUAGCAGGGGAGCUGCAGACCUUAGCAAGUGGAGCUUUCACUUUGGUGAUUUUGAGUGAGCAGCCCACACAAAAGUCAAUCUGGUUUAUUUCUGGCCAUAUGGCAGUGCUUUUUUGCCUGCUGAAGAUGACUGUCACUUAACAGAAAGUGUAUCCAAAGUGCUUCCUCACACGCAUUAAGCAGGGAACAGCUCCCUCUCCUUCCCUCUCCAGUUUAUC